AUGGAGCAGCAGGCGGCACACCCGCACAGAAAGCCCAAGGCCGGACCCAAGGCACAAAAGAAAAAGGCCAGGCAGCUGUCCAAACAAACGAACCAGCCCGCCGACAAUGAAGCCGCCAAGCAGCGCAACCCGAAGGCGUUUGCGUUGCGUUCGGUGGCGAGUGCGACGCGUCGAACGCGCCGGCGGCUGGACCAGGAGGAAAAGAAGCAGCACGCGCCCCUCGUUGACCGCACGCCGGAGGAGCCGCCGCCGGUGCUCGUCGCCGUGGUGGGCCCUCCCGGAGUGGGCAAGUCGACCGUCAUCCGCUCUCUGGUCCAUCACUACACCGGCCAGAACCUCACCAAAAUCAACGGACCCAUCACCGUUGUCUCAGGCAAGAAGCGCCGCCUGACCUUCUUCGAGUGCCCCAAUGACAUGAAUGCCAUGCUCGACAUCGCCAAGGUCGCCGACCUCGUGCUUCUGGUCGUGGACGCCCACUUUGGGUUCGAGAUGGAAACGUUCGAGUUUCUGAACGUGCUGCAAGUGCACGGAUUCCCGCGUAUCAUGGGCGUGCUCACCCACAUGGACGAGUUCAAGAGCGCCAAGACCCUCAAGAACACCAAGAAGCAGAUGAAGCACCGCUUCUGGACGGAGAUCUACCAGGGCGCCAAGCUCUUCUACCUCACCGGCCUCCACGUCAACGGCCGCUACAAGAAACGGGAGGUGCUGAACCUGGGUCGGUUCAUCUCGGUGAUGAAGUUCCGUCCGCUCAUCUGGCGCAACACGCACCCCUACGUGCUGGUCGACCGCGUCGAGGACCUCACCGACCCCGAGCUCAAGCGCUCCUCCAACAACACCUGCCCCAGGGACGUGACGCUGUACGGGUGGGUGCGGGGCACGUACCUGAAGCCGAGCACCAAGGUGCACGUGCCGGGCUGCGGCGACUUUGGGCUCGAGGAGCUCACGGCUCUGGGCGACCCGUGCCCGCUGCCCUCGCAGGAGCGGAAGCGCACCCUCAACGAAAAGGACAAGCUGCUCUACGCCCCCAUGAGCGACAUCGGCAACGUCGCCUACGACAACGACGUCGUCUACAUCAACCUACAUCACCCGUCGGCCGCCGCCGCCCUCGAAGCCGCUAAACAGCGCGCCGCCGACGACGACGAAGAGACCGAACUCGGCGAAGGCGACAAGAUGCUGAAGGAGCUGCAGGGCCUGCAGGCUCCCCUGGACAAGCUCCUGGAGGAGAGCAACGUCCGCUUCUUCGGCGCUUCUUCUUCGGCCCCCGCCCGAGCAAGCAUGAGCGUGGACGACGGCGAAGAUGACGAAGAUGAGGAUGAGGAUGACGACGGAGAUGAAGAGGAAGACGACGAUGACGAGGAGGACGACGAGGAGGACUACGACGGGGCGGCGGCGCGGGCACGAAACGGACGCAUGCCGUGGGCCAACCAAGAGGGCGAGGAGGGCCGGCAGAGUGCAGGGCUCAGUUUCGACGACGACGACGACGAAGACGACGACGGCGAGGACAUGGAUGAAGAGAAGGAGGAGGGGGACAUGGGCGCGCGAGAGGCGGAGAAGGCGGCGAGGUCGAGGCAGCUGGGCAUCGUGGCAGAGUGGGAGGCCAAGCUCAACCUGGGCGGGAGCAGCCGGUCGGCAUCGCUCUCGAGCCUCAUCUACGGCGACGACCAGGGCGGCAGCAACAAGGACAAGCGCGACGAGGCCCAGGACAGCAGCGACGACGACGGCGACGAGUUCUUCCGCCCCAAGAAGAAGAACGGCGCCGCCGCUGCCGCCGAUGGCAAGCCCAACAGCGCAUCGUCGGCGGCGGCAGCGAGGCGGCGCGGGGUGGCGGCGAUGGGGGCGGGCGAGGAGGAGGACUCGACCAAGGCCCUGCGGCAGGCCGACGACCCAACGCUGGCCCUGCUCGACUCGGACCGCCCGGACCUCGACGACCUGCGCGAACAGCUCCGCCAGAGAUUCACCUACGCACACGAAGGCACCGGACCCGCGCAGCCGGCCGAUGACGCCGCCGGCGGCGGCCUCGGCCUCGACGACGACGAUGACGAGGACGGGGACAUGAAGGGCGGUGAUGGAAGCGAUGACGAGGAAGACGACGACGAGGACGCGCGUCUGAAGGCCAAGCUGGCGAUGAAGCGCAAGUUUGACGACAUGUACGACGGGUCCAAGGCCGAGGAGGGCGAGGCGAAUGGGGGCGACGUCGGGGGAGGCCUCGAGGAGGCCGCCGGCACCACGGUCGCGUCGGCGGCGGCGUCGGCGUCGAAGGACGGGUUCGCGAGUCUGUCGCCGGAGGCGCGUGCCGAGCUGGAGGGCGUGCGCGCGGGUGCGUACGUGCGGCUCAAGGUGGGUGGGGUGCCGGCCGAGUUCGUGGAGUGCUUCGACCCGAUCUAUCCGGUGAUCGUGGGCGGGCUGCUGCCGUCGGAGGAGAACCUGGGGUUCGUGCAGGCGCGUCUGAAGCGGCACCGGUGGCACAAGAAGAUCCUCAAGACCAACGACCCGCUCAUCUUCUCGCUGGGCUGGCGGCGGUUCCAGGCGCUGCCGGUGUACGCCAUCCAGGACCACAACGGGCGCAACCGGAUGCUCAAGUACACGCCGGAGCACAUGCACUGCGUGGCCACCUUCUACGGACCCAUCACGCCGCCCAACACGGGCCUCAUCGCCUUCCAGACGCUGUCCAACGAGAAGCCCUCGUUCCGGGUGAGCGCGACGGGCGUGGUGCUGGAGCUGGACCAGUCGUUCAGCAUCGUCAAGAAGCUCAAGCUCACGGGCGCGCCCUACAAGAUCAUGAAGAACACGGCCUUCAUCAAGGGCAUGUUCUCCAGCGCGCUCGAGGUGGCCAGGUUCGAGGGCGCCGCCAUCCGCACCGUCUCGGGCAUCCGCGGCGCCAUCAAGAAGGCCGCCGCCCAGCCGCCGGGCGCCUACCGCGCCACCUUCGAGGACAAGGUCCUCAUGUCCGACAUCGUCUUCCUCCGCACCUGGUUCGGCGUCAAGGUCGAGAAGUACUACAACCCCAUCACCUCGCUCCUCUCCGGCCGCGGCGACCAGAAGAAGGGCACCCGCUGGCGCGCCAUGAAGACCGUGCGCGAGCUACGCGAGGAGCGCAACAUCCCCGUCCCCAACUCGGCCGACUCCCACUACCGACCCAUCACCCGCGAGCGCCGCGUCUUCAACCCGCUCCGCAUCCCCGCCUCCCUCCAGAAGGACCUCCCCUUCGCCUCCAAGCCCAAGGACAGCAAGAAGCGCUCCAAGCCCACCCUCGGCACCAAGCGCAAGGUGGUCAUGGAGCCGCAUGAGAAGAAGGUGCACACGCUGCUGCAGCAGCUCAACACGAUGAAGAACGACCAGACGAAGAACAUGAAGCUGAAGAAGGCCGAAAAGAGGAAGAAGUACCUGGUCGAGAAGAAGAAGGAGGACGCCAAGCUCAAGGAGAAACAGCAGGAGCAGAAGAAGCGCUUCUUCCGCACCAAGAGCAAGCUCGAGGAGCGCAUGAAGAAGAACUCUGGACCACACAGAGGCAGUGGGUCCAAGGCCGACGCGGGCGACGUGUAG